UCAUCUUGUAUCAUUGACUUGAUAGCAUUCAGUCGGCUCUUUAUCACGAUUGAAUGUUAUUUAUCUCUUUAGAGAUUCACUUUAUAUUUGCCCACUUUUAUAUACCUAAAUAUAAUUCUCAAUUAAAAUAUUUAAAAUCAGAGCCUGUGAACAAGAUGGAUGAAAUAAUCAUACGAAAAGCUAGACGCGAAGAUUGCAAAGCCAUCAGAACACUUAUACAAGAAUUAGCGAACUAUGAGGAGAUGCCUGAUGGACCAGCAAUUGAUUAUAAGACCUUAGAAAAAGAUGGUUUUGGUGAGCGACCAUUAUUUCUCUGUAAUGUGGCAACACAUAAAGAUGAAAUCAUUGGUUAUACCGUUACCUUUUAUACUUAUUCAACAUGGCGUGGGAAGGCUAUGUUUAUGGACGAUCUCUAUGUGAAACCAGAGUUCCGAGGGAAACAAGUUGGCAGAAGGCUUCUGAAAGCUAAUGCAAAAGUAUACGAUGCGGUUGAGAACAAUUGCUUCAGAUUGGAUUUCAUGGUUCUCAAUUGGAAUUCAGCCCAAAACUUUUAUAAAAAACUUAAUGCUAGUGACAUAACAUUGGAAGAAAAUUGGCACACUUAUCGAUUUUCCGGUGAAAAUUUGAAAAAAUUAGCAUCUGAAUAGAGAGCCCUCUUUAUUAAA